CCUUGUGUCAACUGCUAAUAUUUGGUUGGUUAUGUUUUGUGCCAAAUGUUUGUUUUGAUGUUUUGUUUAUUAAUUUUUUUGAAUACAGAUCUUAUGAAUUAAAAUGUUUCCACUUUCUUCAGAUGCAUAUAUUCAGAAACAAAACAAGUUGGAUCAAGAGUUACAGAAACUUCAAGAAGAGCAUUCCAAAAUAUCUGCCAAGAUUAAGAUAAUCAAGCAAGAAAAAGAGGAACUACGUGUUCAGUACGCUCUAAGUUGCUUAAAAAACAAACGUUCAAAAGCCUCCGAAUGGACCCAAGAUUAUUCUUGGAGCGAGUCAUUAAAACAGCUCCUUAGAGAAAAAUUUCAGUUUGGCGACUUUCGGCCUCAACAACUUGCAGCUAUAAAUGCAACAUUGUCGGGUAAGGACGUGCUGGUAAUAAUGCCAACAGCAGGAGGCAAAAGUUUAAUUUACCAAAUGGCAGCCGCAUAUGAGAAGAAGUUAACCGUAGUAAUAUCACCUUUGAUUUCCUUGAUUGAAGAUCAAUUACGAUAUUUGAAUACAAUCGGUAUGAAGGUUGCUACUAUUAACUCAGAGAAGUCCUCCACAGAGAAACAGGAGGUAAUGAGGGACCUUAAAGAUAAUAAAUUGAAUAUCAUUCUGUUAACACCUGAGUAUUUCGCCAAAACGAAAAUAUUCAUGAAUAAUUUAACAAAGUUAUACAAGGAAAGAAAUUUGGGUCGAUUUGUCAUAGAUGAAGUUCAUUGUUGCUCCAAUUGGGGCCACGACUUUAGAACAGAUUAUAUGGCAUUGUCCCUUUUGAAAAGCCAAUUUCCAGAUAUUCCAAUUCUUGGAUUGACAGCCACUGCGACACCCGCUGUAAUUGUGGACAUUCAAAAAAUUCUAGAAAUUCCUGACUCGGUAAUCAUUACUUCCCCAUAUAACAGGCCAAACCUGUUUUACAAGGUUGUGCAUAAAUCAAAUAACCAAAACGAGUCUCUUAAGUAUGUAGCAGAACUGUUAAGAAAUAAAUAUAAUGGAAAGUCCGGCAUCAUUUAUGUGGCCACCCAGAGAGAAGCUGAAAAUAUAUCCCAGAUGUUAAGGCAGGAAGGUCUUGCAGUGUCUUAUUACCACGCUGGGAUGGAGCCUCAUGUUAAACAAAAGGUUCAAAGAAAAUGGACUGGGAAUGUAUACCAAGCGAUCGUCGCUACUGUGGCUUUUGGAAUGGGAAUAGAUAAACCGGACGUAAAGUUUGUCAUCCAUUACUCAGCACCAAGGAGUCUAGAAGGAUUUUACCAAGAAAGUGGAAGAGCGGGCAGAGACGGCAGUCGAGCCGAUUGCAUUCUGAUGUACAAUCUCUCGGACUGGUUGAGAAAUUUUGCCAUAGCAGGGAAUAAAAAAGACGAAAAUAGUAUUAUGGAUACGUUGCAGUAUUGUAUUGAAACAUUUGAAUGUCGUCGAAAAUUAAUUGCCAAACAUUUUGACGAUGAGUGGCAAUCGACCGACUGCAACUCAAUGUGCGAUAAUUGCAAAUUGAGCGGAUCAAAUAAGGAUGCGUUAACUUAUAACUUAAGGGACACCUUUAACGCUCUUGUGAAUAUUAUUAAAAUUGCAUCAAAAAAAGAUGUCGAUUUAACUUUGAAGAAGUUUCUGGACUCUUGGUUCUCAAAUUGCAAACCAAAGUUCUCUAGAGAUCAGGCUGAGAAAGUUAUCGCAUUUUUGCUAAGCAAACAGUACUUAAUCGUUCGAAGGGGAUAUAAUUUGGUGAAAACUAUUCCAUAUAUAUGUACAAAUCAUGACGGGAGCAGCGAUCAAGAUAUUUUAAUGAAAACUCUGGAGGUGAUACCUGGCUUAAAUCAAUAUUCAGAAAAAGAAUAUAAAAAAAGACAUUUACAAUCUCCUAGCAGUUCUUCAGGGCAUCCAAACUCUUCUAAUGAUUGUAGCCCUAUAACACAAAAAAGGAUUAAAAAAUAAGGUUUAUAACUAAUGCAUCUACCAUUAUAUUGGACAAACAGAUAAUAUAAGACCAAGCUUCCUUUGAUGUUCCGAAGAUGAUAUAAAGAGGAGCCGAACGGGAUGGUCUUAACUUGGAAACGUGUAACAAACGCGUUGUCAUAAAAUGACAUGCGGUAUUAUAGGUCCGUGACAUUAAUGAAAAAUAGUUUUUUUAAAUAUUUUAAUUUAUAAGGGAUGAAUGUGUAUCACAAUUGUUUAAGUAAAUAAUACGCACAUACGAAUAUGCAUAACGCCCAAUCUGACAUUUGUAAGAACAGUUACGGUCGGUUAAAAUUCAAAAUUUUGUAUUUAUUUGUAACUUAUUUUUUAUAUGUAAUAAAAGUAUUACGAAAAUACAAUUAUUUAAUUAAUUAUUAUUUUA